AUGAAAGCCAGUGUUGUCAUUACUCUCGUGACUAGUGCAAUUGCCGCCAGACAAUCGUACGAAUCGCUCAGCAAGGCCGACGUAACCGCCCUCGAGCAUGAACUGGACAAGUGGAAGGCGUUGUAUGGCCCCGUUGCACAAGCCAACAGAUUCCUCCCCCCAGUCACUGUGGACUCCGCACGAAUCAACGGCCAUUACGUCGAAGAACUUCAGCGCUUCCACAACACUGUCCAAGACGUCCAAGAAGCAGCCUUGGCCAACCCCGACGCUCAGUUCAGUCCGUUCAACCAGUUCGCCCUCUUGACCAACGACGAGUUCAAGAGUGUCUUGAUGACAUCGUUUAAUCCGCAAAACUUCACCAACGCCGCGCCCUUGCCCCGCGGACUGGUCGACAUCUAA